UGCUUUUAUAAUAAUUUAAGUGACUUUAUAGAGGUUGCUGUGAGCUUACGAUUUAAUUUAUGUCAUAUAUUAAUCAUUGGAAUCAAUAAACCUAAAACAUUAUACGUUUUAAGUGAUGUUGUUUUUUCACUGAGACAAAAAAAGUCCUGAAAUUUGAAUGCGUUUUAAAUGAAUUAUUCGUUUUUUGAGCCACCAAGCGCCCCUGGAGGAAACGGUAUCAACCUACAAACUGUCAUUAGACGGCAGCAUUCGCCGACCGGUGCUACUGCAAAUCAAUAAGGAAGUCUGGUAUGAAAUAUGGAACGCAAGCUGGCUGAAUUCAGAGCCCGAAAGAAAGCCCAGACUGAAGCUAAGAAACCUGCUGUUUGUGUGAUCCAGAGUGAAAUGAAAGCAAUAAGCGAUAUGUCUCCGGCAGUGUCUACUGAUACAACAGAGCUGAAGCCUAACACCUGUCCUCAGAGUCCACACAAAGAGGAUCAAGGUGAUCAUUUUCUGAAUACUACAUCUGGUCACUGGUUUCAGCAUCUGGCUCUUAACUAUCUUACCCUGUUUAAAGUGCUGCUGUGGCUUGUGCUGUUGGGGCUUUUUUCAGAACUUGAGUUUGGCCUGCCAUUUUUUCUCAUAUCAUUAUUCUACUGGCUCUAUGAAGGCCUUCGAAGCCCAAAAGCCAGACAACCUGGAGAAAUGAGUGCAUACUCUGUGUUUAACCCUGAUUGUCAACCCAUUCUGGGGACUUUAACAGCCGAACAGCUGGAAGGAGAGAUGGGAUACAGGCCGAUGGCCAAUAGAUGAACGUGUUUGAAAGGCAUGCAAACUUUGCAGCCAACUGUAUGGACAACAAGGAAGACAGUCUAAAUGUGGACUUGGGGAAACGUAUUUGCAUUAUAUUAAUGUAUCUCGGUUCUUUAAUGGUUUACUCAUAUUUACAUAAAUAAAAUGCUUUAUUUCAUUGAUUUACAUAUACACCCCAUUUAUGCAGUGUAAUCCAAUCAUACAUCUAGCAAAUGAGAACCUGUCACAUAUAUUUUUAGUUAAUACUCAGCUAUAGUUUUUGUUAUCCAGACUAAUUUAAUAUGUGGAGCUGAAAUGUAUUACUGGGUGAUAUAACUUUUUGAUGAAUGCAUAUAGAAUAAAAUCUCUCACAUUCACAUACAAUAAAAAAAUGUACAUCACCACUAAAAGGUCAGAAAUUAGAUAAAGGCCCUCAAUUUGAUAUCAGUAAUAGCUAGAAAACUAUUAAACAGCUUUGCCAA